AACAGCGACCCCCUCGAGGGUCAGGCGGGCCCGGGCAGCCGCGGCCUCGGCUCGGUCCUCCUGGGCUGCGCCGCCGCCUCCUACCCCGCGGGCCGGGAAGUCGCACCCCGCGGAGGCGCCCGUGAGCCCAGCGUCCGGGAUGGGGCCGCGUGCGCGGCUGGAGCCUGGGUUCCCGGGCAGAGGCCUGUUGGACCUCAGAACGCAGGAGCCAGCAUCCAUGCACUCCGGCACCUCGCCCCUCGCCCGGUGCUGAGCGUGCGCGAACUCCGCCCCCUUUAACCUCGCCGGGCGCGAUCUGCGUUCCCAUCUUACAGAUGCGUAAACCGAAGCCCCGCGGGGACGCGAGACAGCCUCGUGGCCCACGGCAGAGCCCGGACGAAACCCAACCUCACGCCUCCAGGGCGUGCUCGGACUCCUGCCCUCGCUUCUCACCUACUACCUUAGGGACCGUGGAACCAGGAGUGCAGGCCCAGCUCUGCACCCCUUAACUGCCUGCGGAACCAAGCAUGCUCCCCUUUCCCCGGCUGUACGGCUAAAAUGGAGGCGACCCAUUACGAGGUGUCAGACCGGUGGAUGGUUUGGGAGUAGGUUUGGGCCCGCGUAAGGGCUGACGCGGGGCGGAGGUUGCCUUGAGCCCCCAACACGGUCUCCCCGGACCCCCCUCCCAGCUCAGGGUGACCCUGAAGCCCCACCUGUCGUGGGGAUGGUUUCUUUGCUUGGAGGGUUGUUUCCAAGGUUCCUGGAUGAGCUGUGGAUCUUCCAGUCUGUUACAGCUUCCUUGACCCACCCUGCCUCCAGCGCGGUACCUCGUUACCCCUAUCCCGGACCACAGCAAGGCAAGAGGCCCAGCCAGAUGGAGGAUGCCCUGUGUGGGGAGAAUGGUGAGGAGGAGGAAGAGGAUGAAAAGAAUGAGGCAGCCUCAGCCCCUGUCCCCGAUCCUGAAGACCCUGUGGAGCCCCAGCUGACUGAAGCCAGCCAGGUUCUGGGUGCCUCAGAGAUUAGGCAGCUCAGCCUCCACCUGCCCCCGAGGGUCACCAGCCACCCCUGGAGUCUGGCCUUUGGCACAUCGAGGGAUGGUUUCAGUCUGCAGAGAUUGUACCGGCAGAUGGAGGGCUGCAGUGGGCCGGUGCUGCUGGUCCUCAGGGACCAGGAGGGACAGAUGUUUGGUGCCUUCUGUUCCUCAUCUCUCCGACUCAGCAAAGGUUUCUACGGUACUGGGGAGACAUUCCUCUUCUCCUUCUCCCCACAGCUGAAGGUCUUCAAGUGGACUGGGAGCAAUUCAUUCUUUGUGAAAGGAGACUGGGAUUCACUCAUGAUGGGCAGUGGCAGUGGCCAGUUUGGGCUGUGGUUGGAUGGAGAUUUGUAUCAUGGGAGAAGCCACCCCUGUGCAACCUUCAACAAUGAGGUGCUGGCCCGGCAGGAGCAGUUCUACAUCAGGGAGCUGGAGGCCUGGGUUCUGAGCUGAGGCCCUGCGCAGCAGCAUUCUGGGCUGCAGGUAUGUGGACCUGCUUGUGGGUGCCAUCCUGGCCUUCUGUACCCAGGACAGCCUCUUCUGCUUGGAGCAGAAGGUGAAGUGCCCACACAUGGACUGUGCCUGUCUGAAAGCUCCUCAUGGCCUAGGGACGCACGUGAUGGGGCAAGCGCUACUUCCUACAGAAGUAACUUUAGAGGUGUCAAAGACACUUGCUCCUUGCCCAAGAAACAGACCCUCAUGAAAACUAUCUUAGAGGAAUUCUACAAAUAAUGCAACAUGUUUAUUUGCAGAAAACCAGAGCACAUUAAAAAUUAAAACUGUCUAAAAUUCAACUCCUCUCAAACAGUAACAUUUUCAUGUAUAUGGUUCCAAAAAAUUUUCGAUAGGUAUAGAUAUAUAAAUAUAGAUAUACACACACACAAAUGGGAUGUUGCUUUGUAUGUUUUAGAAAUCACUUUGAAGAAUACUACCAAACUUCAGAAACCUGUGCUUAGCCAGUGAAACUAAUAAAGGCUCAAGUAGCAUCCUUCCUUCUCCUGCUCUAGUGCCUGUUCUAACAGCUGUGGGAUUUUUGCAUCCAUUACUUGAUUUCACAGGGAAGACAUAAAAGCAGCAAAUGAACAAUAUGCAUAUUUGGGCAAAGAAACCGAACCAUUGUAGAACUCAACUUCAGACAGGUUAAAAGAGAAAGGAGAGCCAGAGAUUUAGCUCAGUGGUGCCGCCACCUGCCCCGCAAGCGCCAAAGACCCGAGUUCAAUCCCCAGUACCAAAAAAAGAGAGAGAGAAAGGAGUAUGUUUUAUGGCCAACAGGAAUUCUGCAAAAUAAGAAAACUGCAUAUCCUUUCCCACACCAGUGCCUGCCUCCUGCCAGAAGAAAAAAUGCUCUAAC